AUGGCUAGACUGACUGUCAACCGCAGAUCGCCCUUCCAAUGGGUCAUCUGCAUCGUUCUUUUCUUCGCUCUGAUUGGGCCCUCAUCGCAGCUGAGCGUCCAGAGCCGUGACGAUAAACCCGAACUAACUCAAACUGCACCUAGAUAUGUCACUGCCCAUUUCAUGGUCGGAAUCGUAGAGAACUACACUGUCGCAGACUGGAAAGUUGACAUGAAACUCGCUAAGGAUAUUGGCAUUGAUGCUUUUGCCCUGAACUGCGCCAGCAUCGACUGGUACACUCCCAAGCAGCUCGCCAACGCCUACGAAGCCGCCUCUCAGGUCGACUUCAAAGUCUUCAUCUCAUUUGAUUUUGUAUACUGGAACAACGGCGAUACCGCCAAGAUCACAUCGUACAUGCAGAAUUACAGCAGUCAUCCUGCCCAGCUACAGUACAACGGUGCCGCGCUGGUUAGUACCUUUGUCGGAGACUACUUUGACUGGGGCCCUGUGAAAAGGGGGACACAACAUCCGAUUUUCGCGGUCCCGCAUCUCCAGGACCCUGCCCAGUUGAGAUCGAUUAGCACUUCCCUUGAUGGGGCUUUUUCUUGGUAUGCGUGGCCGACGGAUGGUGGGAAUAGUGUUAUCCCUGGCCCGAUGACAACUAUUUGGGAUGAUAAGUAUAUUGCAAAUCUAGGAGGGAGGGCUUAUAUGGCUCCGGUCUCCCCUUGGUUUUCGACCCACUUCAACUCGAAAAAUUGGGUAUUCAUCUGCGAAGACCUGAUCACCGUUAGAUGGGAACAGAUGCUGAAGAUGAAACCACAGUUGAUUGAGAUCAUUUCUUGGAAUGACUAUGGCGAAUCGCAUUACAUCGGCCCAUAUUCAGCACAACACUCUGACGAUGGCGCUUCGCAGUGGGCAAAAGGGUUCCCGCAUGACGCAUGGAGAAUCAUAUCCGAGCCGUACAUCGCGGCGUACAAAUCCGGAGCAUCAACACCGGAAGUCAAAUCAGAUCAACUAGUUUACUGGUACCGGCCAACGCCCAAGAAUGUGAGGUGUUCCCGGGACCCUCUUGGUCCGCCUAGGGGUCUUGAGAUGUUGUCGGAUAGUGUGUUUGUGACAACGCUGCUUACAAAACCGGCGACUUUGACGGUAACAAGUGGGUCUAAGCGAGCUGAGUCGGUUGAAGUUGGAGCUGGAAUUGUUACGAAGAACUUUACUAUGGGCGUUGGUGCUCAGUCGUUCUCGGUAACUCGCGGAGGGAAGGUUAUCUUGGAAGGGAAGGGAGGGGUGGACAUCAAGGACCAGUGUGAGUUUUACAAUUACAAUGUUUAUGUUGGGUCUGCGAAUGCGCCAAGCGGCGGGUUGGAAUGA